AUGCUGGAUAGUGAAUCCAUCAAAAAAAUACUGAGGUCUGUUCUCCAGUCCAGCAAGUCUGGUGUACCGAUCCACAGAGUCCAGGUAGAAUAUCGAUCGCUUUGUGGAGAGACUAUUCCACUGAGAAUGUUGGGCUUCUCAAAUCUGGAGGAUUAUCUGAGGAGUAUCCCUUCUGUUGUCCGUAUGGAAUACCUCAAGGGUGAGUUGACUUGUUUUGCCCAAGUGUGUAAAGAGACGGCCCACAUUGCUGAACUGGUGGCCAAGCAGAAGAAUUCCAAGAAAAGCGGUCGCCUCCGUCUUGUCAGCUGCAAAAUGAGACCCAUGCCUUCCAGCCCCAACAUGCCCCGUGUGAAGCAAAGUUUGCAUCUCUGUCAGCCCCCAGCUUAUGGUGCCACAAAAGGGUCAGCAAGCCGUCAGUGGUCCAACGGUAGCAAUAAAGGUGUGAGUGCUGCUGGAGACUACAGGGUGGAGAACAGUUGGGCAAACCACAAGACACUUUCAGGGAAGGCCCCUAAGCAAACCUCCAGACCUAUCCCUUCAGAGCGUAAUCCAUAUGAUGUGGACUUGGUUCAGAGCAGAUUAAUUCAGAUCCUGAAGAAGUACUGCAGUGGACUGUGGAUGUCCAAACUCCCAGAGGUCUACAGUAAAAUGUUCGGGCAGGAGCUUCACCGUCAGGCACUUGUAGAGCUCAAAGAGUGGACAAACAUCUGUUCGGUUGAGCAGGUUUGUGGAAUUAACAAAGAGGAUUGGCUGGUCUAUCCCUUUCUCCCUCCCAAGCCUUCUGCUGUCUCAACUGGCACCAUGAGCAUUCUUUGCAAAUCACAACCUACAUCAACCACGACCAUCACACCCAUACUGCCUUCAGUUCAUCUACCUCCUCAGCAACCUGACAACAACCUCACCUCUUCUAUUGGACCUACAGCUGAAGUUCCUUCGAAAAGCAUCUUGGCCAAGCUUACCUUUGAUUUUCCUCCACGGCAUGUUGAAGAUUCUUUAAGUAAGCCAUUGUCUUCAAUCAGCUUACACAGCUCUGCUGCCCAACCUGCUGCUCUCUCAGUGUCCUCUUGUGAGACUCUGGGUCUGAGGUCUAACCAGAAGUACGUCACUUCUACCGAAGUAUUGCCAAAUUCUUGCCUUCCCCCAAGUAGCUCAGAAAUUUUGAAGCACCAGCCUUUGGUAAGGUCCAUGUUCUUUAAUGUAGAGUCUACCCCUGCGUCCCAUUCAAAGUCUUCUCUUGCCAUGUCAGAUGAAGUUUGCCAGAGACUGAAGGAGCUCCUGCUCAAGUACAGUCAGGGUGUGUGGGCCCAUGCUUUGCCCAAACUCUUCAUGGACACAUUCAAGUUGCCAUUUCCUGAACAUGUUUUGAAUGACUUGUCCUUGUUCCUGGAUAUAUGCUCGAUUGACUAUCCUAUUCUACAUGACAAGAGCAAGGCCAUCCUGUAUCUCUCAGUAGAUGAAGAAGCCACAAAAGACCGCGACACACAGCAUGACAGAAAGAACCCUUAUCCAUCUGGUCUUGAGGUUCUUGGCCCUGUGGUUCCUCCUGCUCUGGUCCCUCCCUUGGUGCAGUACCCCUCUGUGCUCAUCACUGAUGCCAAGAGCACCACUGCUGUUACUGUAAGAUAUGUUGGUGAAGAAUAUUCUGAUGCCCAGGAGGCCAUGGAGGACACCAUGGACUCAUUCUAUAGCCAACAUUUUGCUCAGUAUUGUUUGAUGAACCCUGUUAUUGGUCAACUGGUAGCAGCCAGACUGGAGGAAGGAGAUGAAUUUGCCAGGGCUCAGGUCAUCGAGGUCAUGGCUCCGGACAAAGUCAAGGUGUACUAUGUGGACUACGGCUUUCCUGUAGAGACCAGUAAAACCAAUGUGUUGAAGCUGCACCAGGACUUCCUCUCUCUGCCCUUCCAGGCUACGAAUGUCAGGCUUGCAGGUCUGGAGACAUACAGCUUCCAUCCUUUGGUGCUGUCCUCUCUGGACAGUUUGGCCGUUGGAAAGAUCCUGCUGAUGGAGACAGUGGAGACUGGUCAACAAAAUGACAUCCCUCCGGUCAUGCUGUACGACACCUCACAGGAUGAUGACAUCAACAUCAAUUCAUUCUGCAUCAAGGCUCUGCAGGAAGAGAUGAUGAACAACCCUGAAUAUGCUGGGGUGGAUGAAGCCCUGGGCGACGAUGUGGAUGCUGAUGCCAUGGGCGACGAUGUGGAUGCCGAUGCCAUGGACCAUUGUGUAGUGAAUGAUGACGCCAUGGACGGCAGUGCCAUGAGUGAUGAUGCCACAAUUAGUCAUGGGUCAGAUGAGAAGUGA